AUGGAUCCCGAGGGAAAGUACGUAGCCGUGGGUUCCAAGAUAUAUGUAGUGGGUGGAGAGUUUUCCUAUUUCGAUAUGACGUGGAGUGCCUUAAGCAUCGACUGUAGAUUUCACACGGUGCACCCCAUCUCCGACAAGCGCAUCGAAUAUGAUAGUGUCGCCGAAAUCAUCGACGGUAAGAUUUACGUAAUCAACUCUGAGGGAGUCAUGGUGUUUGAUACAGAAACUCAAAAGUGGGAUCCUGCGAUGAAAAAGCCAGAUGUGGAGCUAGGCAAAACGUAUAUUGAUGGUUCUGUGGUGAUGGGGGAUAAGAUGUACAUGAGAAAUUAUGAUAAUAGCUUUGUUUAUGAGCCAAAGGAAAAUAAAUGGGAAUCGGAUGAGAUGCUGAAUUCUAAGGAAUGGAGGAAUGCGUGUGUCGUCGACGAUGUAUUGUACUGUUACGAUACUUGCGUGAAGGAGAUAAGAGCGUAUGAUCCAAAGCAAAGGUGCUGGAGAGUGGUGAAAGGUGUGGAACAAUGGUUGCCUAGAAUGAUCGGUUCACGGUGGUCGAAGCUGGCGAGUUACGGUGGGAAAUUGGCUCUGUUCUCUCAUAAGUCGAAUGCUCGGAAGGGAACAAUCGAUGUUUGGUUUGCGGAGAUUUCUCUCGAAAGACGCCAAGGAGGAGAGAUUUGGGCAUGUUUGGGAAUGGAUUUCUUAGUUCAUGAACCAACCAAAGCCUCUCUUUGCUGUGAUUAUCUAUAUUCUGCAAGACUUUUGCUUUGA